AUCACUGAGCCGCCGCCAGAUGUUUCUUGUUUCAUGAGCGCGAAUUCCUGUCAUUAACAGGAAAACAGCAGCUCUGUGUCAUGCUGGUGUGUGUGAGUGUGUGUGUGCGCGUGUGUGUGUGUGUGAGAAAUGCAGGACUGGGGUCAGUGUUCUUACAAAGAGCACCGAUUUCUUUCUCCCGGUUGUGAAUCUUUCAUUUUUGUAAAGAAGUCAGAAAGUUCUUUGUCCCGCCGGUUGAGCUGCAGCUGGAGGGAACAUGGAGCUGCUCAUGGGGAGAAGGUUCCUCUCUGCUCUCCUGAGUGUGUGUGCGCUGUGGAGGAUCUGCUCUGCGUCGCAAACUGACCAUCACAGCCAGGUCAGUCUGCAUCAGGACAGCGACGUCAUCGACAUUCUGGAAAUUCUGAGCAUCACAAACUCACAUCGAGGCAUCACCAAGGUCAAAGGUCAUGACCCGGGCAUGGCCGCCUGGCGUUUUCGCAGUCGCACGCCUCACCUGACCCUGCCGCUGGAUGUCUAUCGCCGCUUUGUGAGGGCGUGGCGCGGCUCGCUGAGCUUGUAUCUGGUUGGUCAGCAGUUUGGAGGUUCGGCGGUGACUCUGCUGUCUCUGAGCGCUCCGGGGAACACGCCGCUGCUACGCAUCAUCUCCAACACGCAGGAGGAUUUUCUCCAGCUGGAGAUUCGCACGGAACCCAGCACAAAACUCACGGUGCUCAGAAUCCCCGGGGGAAACCCGUUCUCAGGCGGGAGGUGGGCGAGGAUGGUGCUGGGCGUGAAUCCUGGGUGGGUGUGGCUGGAACAAGAGUGUAAAGGAGCCACGGUGCUGAAGUUUGCACACCAGGGACGACCUUUGACCCUUAACCUCCCUCCCCAUGACCUACAGGUCACCUUAGCAAGCAAAGCAGAUGAGAAAGCCAGCAAGUUUAGCGGUUACCUGCAGAUUGCACAGAUCUCCACUAAACCCUAUGAGAGACGUCCGUGGCUCUGCAGCAGCGUUACCGACUCCGUCCCCAUUACCCCCACCCCCUACAGCACUGUGGAUUUGGAGCAGGAGCUACAGGACGAGCCGGAGCGCACGGUCGGCUCGGUGCUCGGUCCCCCGGCGACUCCACACAGGGAAGUGGCUCCCAGCGAACAGAGACAGCGAGCCAGAAGCCUGGAGGAGACUCUGCACAACAUCAACACCAUGCUGAGCAUGCUGAAAGAACAGAAUGAGCGCCUGCAGACUCGGGUGCUGUAUUUGGAGUCCUGUGAGUGUGUGAAGAAAACCUGUGUCUGGCAGAACCGUAAGAUGGAGGAGGGAUCUCGCUGGAGGACUGAGAACCACUCCGAGUGUUCCUGCUCCUCUGGGACAGUCCAGUGUGACACUUCAAACAGAUGUGUGUAUAACGGAGGUGUGUAUGAUCAAGAAGAAGUGUUUGUACCCAGAACUAAUCCGUGUCUCAGCUGCGUCUGCUCCAAUGGGAAGGUAGCGUGUAGCAAUGUACCCUGCCCUACGCCUGACUGCGGUUUGGUGGAAACUGUCAGUGGAGAGUGUUGUCCCAGGUGUCGAAGUUGUGGCCAUUACGAUGUGCGGCAUGAGCACGGCUCAAAAUGGAGGGAUCCACGAAACCCCUGCAGUGUCUGCACAUGCUCAGAGGGACGUGUUGAGUGUUCCACAGAGAAGUGUAACACCCAGUGUAGGGACCCGGCACCUUCUCCAGGAAACUGCUGUCCUUCCUGUAAUAGUUGUGCCCAGAACGGACAGCAGUUCCAAAACGGGGCCACAGUUACGAGUAGAGAUCGAUGUAGUCAGUGUGUGUGUGAGAAUGGAAAUAUUAACUGUGAGCCCCUCCCCUGCCCCAACCCAAGCUGCUCUCAUCCAAUCAGGAGAGCCGGAGACUGCUGUCCAAGGUGUGAAGAGUGUAAUUAUGAGUCGGAGGUGUAUUCACAUGGACAGAGUUUUACUUCCAAACAGAAUCCCUGCGUGACCUGUCAGUGUUUAAGAGGUAGUGUAAGAUGCCAUCAGGAGAGUUGUCCCCCUGUCAGAUGUCCAAACCCCGUCAGAGACACCCGUGUCUGCUGUCCUGUGUGCAGAGUGUGUGUGUCGGGGGGUGUAGAGUAUGAGCACGGGGCAGUUUGGGACUCUGAGGACACACCCUGCACCAAGUGCUCCUGCGAGGAGGGGAAUGCUAGGUGCUGGGUGAAAGAUUGUCCUCCUCUGUCCUGCCAUCAUCCCAACACAGAGUCAGGAGAAUGUUGUCCAUCCUGUAAUCACUGUCUCUACAAGCAGCGCAUUUAUGAAAACGGACAAAGGUUCCUCGACCAAGACGAACCGUGUAACAGCUGCACCUGUCAGGAUGGCUCAGUGGUCUGUAGUGCGAUAUACUGUCCACAAGUUUCCUGCCCCAACACUUUCACAGGGUCUGGAGAGUGCUGUCCCCAGUGUCCAACCUGUGAUGUUCAUAACCAUGUGUAUGUCGACGGCGAGACGUUUACGAACCCCGAGAACCCGUGUGAAGAGUGUGUGUGUCGGGGGGGAGACGUGAAUUGUCUUAACAAGUGCCCCAGAGCCAACUGUCACUAUCCCGUCACUGGGACCUGCUGCCAGAACAACUGCAACGGGUGUAGCUACGCGGGUAAAGAUUAUCCGAACGGAAUGACGUUUCCUCAUCCGGCCGACUCGUGCAGGGAAUGUCACUGUCUCAAUGGUAAUGUGCAGUGUAGGAUGAGGAGAUGUCCUCCUGUCCAGUGCAGUGAACCCAUAAUAACCCAAAGACAGUGCUGUCCUCAAUGUCCAGCGCCCCCUGCUGACUGUGUUUAUGGAGAACAAUCAUACAGACACGCACAGCGCUUCUACCAUCCCACAGACAGCUGCCAGCUCUGCUCGUGCACCAACGGGACGAUGAGCUGUCACCGUAAGCCCUGCCCCUCCGCCCCCUGCGCCCACCCUGUUCAACAGGAAUGCUGUCGCACGUGUGAUGGAUGUCUGUAUAACGGUGUGGAACGUGCUAACGGAGAGAGAUUUGCGGACGCGUCGGAUCGCUGUGGGACGUGUGUGUGUCGUGAAGGCACGGUGACCUGUGAGAGGAGACACUGUCCCCAGACCACAUGUCCAUUUCCUGUACAGACAGAGUGCUGUCAGAGCUGCAACGGCUGUCAUUAUGCUGGUGCAGAUUAUUUAAGUGGACAGGAGUUCUUGGACCCCUCAGAUCGCUGUAAUCACUGCACGUGUAUAAAUGGUGAUGUGACCUGCAGGCAGAAACCCUGCUACAACCCGGGCUGCUCUCACCCGGGGCCCUCUCCUGGACACUGCUGUCCCGUGUGUGACGCUUGUUCCUAUAGUGGUGCGGUUCUGUUGAACGGACAAUCACUACCAGACAGAACAAAUCCAUGUUCAGAGUGCACGUGCAGGAGCGGCUCGGUGCAGUGUGAGAGGAGAACGUGUCCUGCUGCUCCGUGUCCUAAUCCUGUCACUGGAUCCUGUGGUUGUCCUGUUUGUGAAGGUUGUUCCUUCCACGGACGAGUUUAUGAAGAUGGAAAUGUUUUUCCAUCACCUAAUGCACAAUGUGAGGAGUGUACAUGUUCUAGAGGUGAGGUGAGAUGUACCUCUAGGUCCUGCCCCAGUGUGUCGUGUCCUCACCCCGUGGUGGACGGUUGUGGAUGUGCAGAGUGUAACCGCUGCAACUUUCACGGGCGAGUUUGUGUGAACGGAGAAAACUUUUCUGAUCCUAAAGACAAGUGCCAGAGAUGCACCUGCCUGAAUGGAGAUGUGUCGUGUCAGAGGAUGCCGUGUCCUCAGCAGUGCACACACCCUGCACGCUCCUCAGGCUGCUGUCCUGCGUGCGACGCUUGUUUGUACGAAGACGUGCAGUACGCACACACGCAGGUGUUCACGCCGCUCUCGAACCCGUGUCUGCGCUGCACGUGUGUGAGCGGGAGCGUCACCUGCACACGGAGCGCCUGUCCUGUAGUCACGUGUCAUAAUCCAGUCAUUCCUCCGGGACACUGCUGCCCCCAGUGCAGAGUGUGUGUGCAGAACAAUGUUGUGUACCGAGAGGGGGAUAGGAUUCCUUCUGACCGUGACCGGUGCUCUCAGUGUGUCUGUCAGGAUGGAGAGGUGUUAUGUGCAGGGUCUCAGUGCGCAAAAUUAAACUGCAUGCACCAGGUUACUGAUCCAGACUCCUGCUGCCCAAGAUGCCGAGGCUGUGUGUAUGACGGAGUUGAGCACUCUGAAGGCAGCACUUGGUUCGCCUCCAGUGGUCCCUGUAUGUCGUGCAUGUGUGUGGACGGAGUGACCACCUGCUCGGAGAGCCAGUGUCUCUUUCCCUGCAUCAACCAGAUCACUGUUCCUGGAGAGUGUUGUCCUCUGUGUGCAGACUGCGUCUAUGAGGGUCGUGUGUAUGGACCAGGGGAGAACUUCCAUCCAUCAGAUGAUCCCUGUCAGAUCUGCACAUGUGAGGUGAUGCCAGACGGACAGCAGCACCUGCGCUGUUACAGGAAACAGUGUCCCCGUCUGGUGGACUGUCCCAAAAACAACAUAAUGUUCAGCAGUAGUGACUCCUGCUGUCCAGUGUGUGCACAGCCUCUCAGCGUCUGCACAGAAGCAAUGAUAGGAAAUGAAGUUCUCGCUACGGAUGACCCCUGUUUCACCUGCCAGUGCAAAGAUCUAACAUGGACAUGCAUCCAUAAAUCCUGUCCCACACUGAGCUGUCCUCCAGAUGAACAGUACACACCACCCGACUCCUGCUGUCCUGUCUGUGAUGUGUGUGUGGUGGAGGGAGGGAGACGGCGUGUGAACAACGGAGCGAGCUGGACUGAUAGUGAAGACGAGUGUAUCACCUGCUCCUGCAAACUGGGACAUAUAGAGUGUAAUAUAGAGGAAUGUGCUCCGCUUGUGUGUGAAGUCGGACUGCUGAAGGUCAAAAGCCCCGGAAAGUGCUGUUAUGAAUGUCAAGACGUCAGGGCACAGUGUGUGUAUGAGGGACAGGUGUAUGAUUCUAAUGCACAGUGGGAGGUGGAUGAAUGCACUUCCUGCACAUGUGUGUCCGGAGACGUGCACUGUCAAACCGAGAGAUGUCCAGCAUUGUUCUGUGCCUCUGAUGAAACUCCGUCUGUGAUUCCCGGGAUGUGUUGUCCACGCUGUAUCCCGCGUCCCGCCACCUGCAUCGUGUUCGGAGAUCCUCACUAUCGCACGUUCGACGGCAAGAUGGUGAACUUUCAGGGGACGUGUACCUACGUUUUAGCGCAGGAUUGUGAGGGCGGCGACUUCAGUGUUCAUGUGACGAAUGAUGAUCGCGGUCGUAAGGGCGUGUCCUGGACUAAAGAGGUGACGGUGUACAUCAGGGAUAUUGUGAUACAGCUGCUGCAGGACUGGGUGGUGAAGGUUGAUCAUCAAACCAUCACGCUGCCGUUUCUUAAAGAGCCGUAUAUUUACCUGGAGCGCAAAUCCAACACCAUCCUCCUCAACACCAAUGUUGGCAUGAAGGUGAUGUGGAACGGACGUUCUCACCUGGAGGUCAGUGUUCCAGGGACGUAUAAGGAGCACAUGUGUGGUCUGUGUGGAAACUUCAACAACUAUCCUCAGGAUGACAUGCGGCUGCGUAACGGACAGAUCACCACCUCAGAGGCGACGUUCGGAAACAACUGGAAGGUGGACAGUGGGAAUGGCAUGAGCGCUCAGUGCUCAGACGCGAAGAGCAUCAACCCGUGUAUAAACGCUGGAUAUUCCUUUCGUAAGACGGCGAACAGUCGCUGUGCGGUCCUAAAGUCCGCCGUGUUCGAGCGCUGUCACAAAGUGGUGCCUCCGGAGAUGUUCUUCGCCUCGUGUGUGUAUGACCUGUGCGCCUGCGCAGCCAACGCAGACGAGUGUCUGUGUGACGCUCUGGAGGCGUACGCUUCUGAGUGCCGCGAGGCCGGAGUCGUCUUACAGUGGAGAUCACCUUCCCUCUGUGCUGUGGGCUGUCCUGUGGAUCGCGGUUAUGUUUUUGAUGAAUGCGGUCCUCCGUGUCCUAAAACCUGCUUCAACAAGGACGUGCCGCUGGGCGUGAUCGAGGCGCACUGCUUUAAACCGUGUGUUCCAGGCUGCCAGUGUCCCGCCGGACUGGUGGAACAUGAAUCCCACUGCAUUUCCCCGGAAAAAUGUCCCAAAAUCAUCCACGGAAACCCCUGAGCUCCUCAGAUCUAUAAAUCCACAGAACGGCACCAGAACUAAACCUGCUCCAAGGUUUCCAUUUUUACACUAUAACUCCUGAUUUAUCUUUGAGCAGUGUGUUGCAUUAUGGGAAUUCUGUAUCUGCUGUAGUUCAGAUACCGCUGCUCGAUGUGGCCAUUUUCUUCUACCUGGUGCUCACCAUAAAAACUUAAAGCGGCAGUUUGUAAUAUUUAGAGCUAUCCCCUUUCCCCAGACUGACUCCACUCACUCUGACUAAACAACACACACAUUGUAAGUUGCUAUUUACAGAAAAAGAGUUGGCGCUGACCAGCUCUGUUACUGUUAUGGGCGGGGCUAAUUUCAGGACCAGAAAUUUAACAAAGCCUGAAUUUAAGAAACUUAGAAACCAUAUCUUUGGUAUUGAUUGAUUAUUACAGAUGUAGGAACACUUCAAUGUUACAAACUGCACCUUUAAAACCACAAUGAAAGUCAGUCCUGCGAAAUAUGUUAUGAUUAGUUUAAAUUUAAAGCGGUGUAUAAUUUGAGAAUUUCACCUUACAAAAAAAUGCAGCAUUAUAAGUGUCAUUUAUGUGCUAAAAAAUAUUAAGAAAAAGCAGACGCAAUGAAAAAUAUUAAGUCUGAAAAUCUAAACAUGGCUAAUAUAACUACAAAUAAAUAAAUAAAUAAAAGAACUUCAGCUUAAGAGUCACACAGUUUUCGCAGCUAGGAUUUAUCUUUUAUUUUAGCGUUAAUUUUUUAGCGUAGAAUUUUUUGGAGAGUAACUCAAACCCUUCUUCUCUCGCUCUGUUCUGUUAAGCUAAGUUUCGUUUUCUGCAGGGAUUUAACUACAAUUAACAAACACUCAUAGAAACAUACGUUAGCUGCUAACUCAACGUGCGUUUAAAAAAAGAUGAUGUUACGUGAGUUCACGUUUUUUUACGCAGUCAGUGCACAUACUAAUGAACAUGUAUAAGUUUUAAGGCAUAACCUAAACUCAGGCUACGAUCAGAGGUGGAAAAUACUUUAACGAUAAUUUUACUGAGUUUGUAUUAAAAUCUGAUUUAAAAUGUCCUUAUUUUACUUAUUUACAUUUAUAUGAAAUAUCAUGUUUUAUUUCUUAUUUUUUAUUUAGACUUUUCAGGUUCUUGUUACAGAUCUUUAAAGAUUUUAGCUUUAAUAUUUUUCCUUUGUUUAGCUAGCAAUAAAGUUAAAAGAAAAAAAAUUCUAUUCGUUUAAUUUCACUCUUCAUGGUUUAAAGUUACUUAGUCACUCCAAAAGAAAUGUUACUAACUCCGCCCCCAAUCCCCAUAACUCCGCCCCUUAUUCUAACCUUAACCUUAACCUUCAUAUCUGAUCAAGAGUGAAAAUGGUUAAAAAAAAAAAAAACACAUUCAUAAUUUUAAUUUUAGCUAAAAUAUAAGAAAAAUACUUUUUACUGUUAUGCAUUUUUAUGUAACUGUUUUGACAGUUUUUUUAAAAAUUUAUACAAUAUUUACAGACUUCAUUCACUUUUAUUUUUUAUUUUUUACACAAAUAAACUCAUAUUUUUGUUUAGAUCUCAUUUUUCUGCCACUGUUUGUGAUCGAAACUUAACAUUUUAAAGUUUUAAAGCACAAAAACAAAAAGUGUUUCAGAAAAACGUUGCUGAUAAUAAAACUGUUCAGUUUCAGCUGCAUUACGAGUAAAAAUAAAUCUGUAGUGACGUUUCCCUGAUGGUGCUAUUUCUGAUAAAGUAGAUUUAUAAUUACAGUAUUACAGGACGGUUUCCUCGGACAAAUCAGUUUUUUAUUUUUAACAAUACAAGGAAAAUCAGAGUAAAAUUUUUGUUAAGUUUUGUUUAUAACCACUAUUUUUGCUUACUAUAUCAUUUUUUUCUUAUUACUUUUAGUCAUGAACUUUUUCUUUUCUGAGAGUUUUACAGGGACUUUUACUGACUGGACAUUUUUGCUACUGCACUGGUGAAUAUUCUGAGCGUAUCACUGUUCACUGUGUCACACUACUUCGUGUUAUUAAUCACCUUUAAUUACAUUAUGUGUAUCUUAAUAAAAUCUGCAGGUGCUAAUGCUGUACUACAAAUAAUAAAAAUUAAACAUUACUUUUUAAAAAAAAU